AUGUUAACAACAAAUAUAUCCUCAUCUGAUAAGAUAAAAGAUCAACCUUUAAUGAUUGGAAAUCAAAAAUCAAAGACGUCUCUGUCUGUAUGUCGAAUAUGUGGAGUUCCCGCUGAACAUUCUAACUUCGGUGUUACAUCAUGUAAUUCAUGCAAAAUGUUUUUCAAACGAAAUGCCAACGGAAAACUUAUUUGUCGUUAUGAUGAUAAAUGUGACAUUAACAUAAAUAAUCGUCAUAUAUGUACAGCAUGUCGACUUAAUAAAUGUUUUGAAACUGGAAUGUGUUAG